GAGAAGCCUCAGAUUUCAGGGGCGGCCCUACACACGGGGAGUCCUUCCCACCCAUCAAACUGCAGACGCAGGCGAACCCAGCACUCACUUGACUGAGCACAGGACCUGGAGCCUUCAACACACCCUGAUCAUCUGCGCACGUACGCCCCGUUCAUAUCUGCAAAAUGGUGGUCCCCUCUGAGCUGGAGCAGUCCAUGGAGACCCUGAUGUUCACUUUCCAUAAAUACGCUGGAGACAAGAACUACAUGACCAAGGACGACCUCCACAAGCUCAUGGAGAAGGAGUUUGGAGACUUCCUGAAGAACCAGAACGACCCCCUGGCUGUGGACAAAAUCAUGAAGGACCUUGACCAAUGUCGCGACGGACGCGUGAACUUCCACAGCUACUUCUCUCUGAUAGCCGGCCUCACCAUUGCUUGUAAUGACUAUUACACCAGACACAUGAAGAGAAAGUGAAGGACCGUGGAUGUGGUAUUGCAGUCAUAGUCAAUCUGCUGGGACACAUUCCCACCAUCUGCUCAGCUUUCGUUCAGUCCUUCCCCCGCACAUGCCCAGAAUAAAUCCCUCUUCUUUUUUGUA